AUGUGACAAGUUCUAAUUUACCAAAAAGUAAAUUCUACAGAUCUCCUGUUGCUUUGAAAUCUCAGAAGGAGCUCACCGGCAGACAUGGGGAGAUCCAGCCCAGGUGACCUUCUUCAUGAAGGUGGUGCAAUGGGGGCACUGGACCUGAGAAUGAAGCUGGUCAUCUGCAUGUUUCUGGCCUGUGCUUCUACAACAGCACAACUCCAUCACGAUCCAAUGCUGGAUAACCACUGGGAGCUGUGGAAGAAAACUUAUGGCAAACAAUAUGAGGAACAGAAUGAAGAAGUAGCACGGCGACUCAUCUGGGAAAAGAACCUAAAAUUUGUGAUGUUGCAUAACCUGGAGCACUCAAUGGGACUGCAUUCCUAUGACCUAAGCAUGAACCAUCUGGGUGACAUGACCAGUGAAGAAGUGGCUUCUUUGAUGAGUUCUCUGAGAAUUCCUAACCAGUGGAACAGGAAUGCUACCUACAGACUAAACUCCAAUCAAAAGUUGCCUGAUUCGGUGGACUGGAGGGACAAGGGAUGUGUUACUGAAGUGAAAUAUCAGGGCGCUUGUGGUUCCUGCUGGGCUUUCAGUGCUGUGGGAGCCUUGGAAGCACAAGUUAAGCUGAAAACAGGAAAGCUGGUGUCUCUCAGCGCCCAGAACUUGGUGGAUUGUUCAACUGAUAAAUAUGAAAAUCACGGUUGCAAUGGUGGCUUCAUGACUCAGGCCUUCCAAUAUGUCAUUGAUAACAAUGGCAUCGAUUCAGAUAUUUCCUAUCCUUACAAAGCUACGGAUGGAAAAUGCCAGUACAAUCCAGCUAACCGAGCUGGUACAUGUUCAAAAUACGUAGAGCUUCCCUACGGAGAUGAAGAUGCCCUGAAGGAAGCUGUAGCCAACAAAGGACCUGUGUCUGUUGCAAUAGAUGCUACUCAACCUUCUUUCUUCCUGUAUAAAAGCGGUGUCUAUUAUGACCCAUCCUGCACUCAGAAGGUGAAUCAUGGUGUGCUGGCAAUUGGCUAUGGUAACCUGGAUGGAAAGGACUACUGGCUUGUUAAAAACAGCUGGGGCCUUACCUUUGGUGACAAAGGAUUUGUUCGGAUAGCAAGAAAUAGAGGAAAUCAUUGUGGGAUAGCUAAUUUUCCUUCUUACCCAGAAAUCUAGAAGAUCUCUUCAUUUCACAUGUGAUCAAUUAAGAAAGAUGGAUGACACUUUGUUCUGAGUUUAAUUUUACUUUACUUCUACUAACCAGUAGAAAUAACCAGAAAUGUAUGUUGAAUAGACUUAAAUAUAGUAAAAGCUUCAUUAACUUGGGUUCCAUCAAUUUAUAGUUGUAAUGCAAUUGAGACGAAUUGUAAUCUUUGCAUAUUUGUGGAAAAAAGAGGCUUGCUAAAUAAUUUCACCUUGUAUUUUACAAUCACAGAAAAAUGCUUGACAGUUUAAAAAAUUAUUAUAAUUUAAUCUUUAAUCAUCCCAUUUUAAAAUAUAAUUUUGUAAACUGAUCCAAGCUUUUUAUGAUUAUUUAGGAAUAAAUUCUAAAUAAUUUAGGAUUUAUAUAUUUCUGAAUGUCUAUUAUUAUCAUAUUACAUUCAUUUCUUAUUCUCAGGUGUCUGUAUAAUCCAUCUAGUACUUAGAAUAUAAACCACAAUGGAUUAGUAAUUAAUUAUAGUAAUUUUGGUGGAAAAGACUACCAAUUCCUGUGUACAUGCUUUGUCUUCAUUGUAAACUCCUUGAGGACGGGACCUUUUGUUUUCCAUGUUUGUAUUCCUUUACAAAGCCUAAUGUAAUACCUUUCACACAGAUGCUCAGUGUUUGCUGAAUGAAUGUUGAAAUAAAAAAAAAAAAACUUGAAAAUCA